AUGCCAACCUUUGAAAGGUACAGGGGUUUGUUUGACCCAGUCAAUUAUCUGGACACCUUCAAAUUGUUGAUGCAAUUGCAGGGCACACUCAAUGUCAUCAUGUGCCGGACAUUUGUUGCAACCCUUAAAGGUAAUGCCAAAGACUGGUACCAAACCCUACGUCUUGGAUCAAUUGGUUCUUUCUCGGAGAUGGAGCAACAUUUCAUUAGUCAUUUCCUCAGUAGUUGGAGAAUCGUCAAAACAUUGGCUCAUCUGAUGAGCAUGGAACAGGGAGAAAGGGAGACACUAAAAAAGUUCAUGCACCUCUUCAUCACCACGACCGUAGAGAUCCGUAACUUGAAAAUUGGAGUGGCAUUGGCAACCUUGACCACGACCCUUCAGCCAGGAAACUUCCUAUCUUCUCUAGGAAAGAGACCCCCAGCUGACAUGGGGGAGCUGAUGGCAAGAGCAAAGAAAUAUAUUAAUCUGGAAGAGGUAAUGGACACAAGAAGAUAG